GAUAUGAUAUGUAUAACCAAAGUGGGACUGAUGAAUCUACCGGAUUCAGUCUUAAAAAUUACAGGGCACCUGUCUUAGAUAAUUACACUUUAGGAGUUAAUAAAGACAAUGAUAGCUAUGACAAGAUGGGCAUAUGGCUAUCAAACGAAUUUGUUUGUGAUGUUUCAUAUGAGCGUACAGUAGUAGAUACGAAACAAAAAUUAAAAACAAUUAUGCUCUCAAGCAAAAGUGAAGGGGGUUCAGGAAUAUUCAAAUCCAAUCACAAAACAGUUAAUACGAGGGAUGAUAUUUAUAACAAGCUAAAGAAAUCUCGAAAUGUACUUGUUAGGAAGUAUCGCUGUACCGUAUACAGUGCAGGAAUCAUCUACAAUAACCCUAGAGUUAACAUGGAUAACUUCGACAAUAUUGUCAAAAACUUAGUAAAAGAAUGCCAAGGUGAUUUCAAGGUUGCAGACUGCCCUACUGAAAAGUAUGUGGAAAACAUGGACGAUGAAAGCUGCUCUGGUUGUAUAUCUUCAUGGAUGCGUUUCUUUGCUGAUUAUGGCACCCAUGUUACGCGAAGAAUUUCAAUGGGUGGUAUAUUCAGAAGGUUUAGCAAUGUAUCAAAUAGGGAAUCCAAAAGGGAUGCAUCCAAACAAAAAACAACAAUUAAAAAAUCUUCUUCGUGGUUUCAUCUAGUUAAGAAAAAAUCAAAAAAAACCAAAUCAAGUAGCUCUAAGGUCUCCAGCGAAGGAAAAGAACAUGAUCUUGUUCAGUAUACAGUUGGGCCUGAACCUCAUAAUGAAUCAAUGGCUCCUGAUGUGUUCGAAGAUUGGGUAAGAGACGUUGCUCUCAACCCUGUGCCUAUUGAUGUUGAAUAUCAACCACUAUCUGAAAUAAUGAUGGAAAAUCAAGCGAAAAACCUUUAUGCAAAAGCCAUCGAAUAUUAUACAAAGCUCAAAGGGAUAGAUAUAAAGGAAAAAGUGUCAACAGAAACCAUAGAAAGCCCAAUAAGUCAUUUACUGAAGGAGUUAACCAUGGUAGCAGUUGAUGGCAAUCCUCGGGUUAACCAAGAUAUAUGUUCUGGAAACUCUAAAAUUGUCGUCGGUUUUGGGGUCAAUUUAAAUGAAAAAAAGCAAAUACUGGGAUUGAGGACAUGCCACUCUGGAUUGAAUUCCUGCAUAUUAGACUUAAACAAGGAUGUAAAAUCAACCAUAGUAAUUGCUCUUUGUGGUGAAUCACCAAACUAUGAUAUCGUACAAAAAGUCACAAAGGGGACAUCAAUAUUAGACAGAUAUAAUGAGGUGCAAUGCCCCAACAAUAUGGUUGUCGGAUUUGGAGCCAUUAUUCAGUUUACCAAUCCCUUUGCGAUUGUUUCAUGCCCAAAAGGUGGAUCUACUUGUGGAUAUGCCCAUUUAGGACCCCAUGGUCUUAUUUGGGCUUCAUGUUUCCCAAAAAACACUCGUGGCUUGAAUCUAUUUGACACCAAAUCACGCAUAAUCAGAUCAGGUAAGACAUUGGAAUGCGACCCGGGGUUCAAAAUGGCAAAUGGAUUUGCUUUACGAAUAAUUGAUAAAGGAAUAAGAGUUAGAAUCGUGACAUGCCCCAAGUUUUCGACUGGAUGCAAUGGAUCACCGGAUAGUGAUACUAUGAGCGCAGCGUACAUUUUUUGUGUCCGCUAAUAACU